AUGGAUGAGUUAUUGCAAUCUUGCACCGAGGAUUUCAUAAAAAUUUUCCGCCUUCUUGUGGAUCUCGGUUCUCGAACAAACGAUCCGGAGAUUAGGAACCAAUUGCUCGGUCGGUUAGCUGGCAUGCUGACUGCCCUUCUCCUUCCCGCACAGGCUUCGCGAUUAUGGGACAUACGACGAUGGCAGAAUCCGCAUAGCCCAUGUCGCAGUGGAGUACUUGCCACGGCGAUCCAAUCCCAGAAUGAAUACACUGUGGAACUGCUCUUGAAGAGCGGUGUUGUUGGCAUUGUCGUACCACAUGUAAGUACUGAUUAA